AUUCAGAAGCCGAUCGUUUUAGCGUCCCUAAUCCUUUAACAAGAGUGUGCGUCUAUUUCGGUUGACCUAGCACGAGAAGACAGACAUGGCGGCAGCAGUGAGCGAGGUCAACCUGAAGCCUCGACAGGUCACUCGGCUGAGGCGAGAGGGCACAUCCCCCAGGCGGACCACAAGAGGACCUGCCCCGUCCCCCCCCACUCGCCGCCCACGACGCCGCCCUCGGCCGCGUCGGAACCCGCCCAGCAGGACGACCCCCACCUCACAGAGACCACGAGGAGACUGUCGCAGAUGGGGCUGGACCAGAGCACAGACUCCUCAGGCGCCAUGGGGGGAACGGGGACAGAAGGCGACGAGGUCGAGGAGCAAGAGGAAGUGAUGCUGUGGCGACCCAAGCGAGGCUCUAUCAAGCUUCCUCAUGUGGAUCUCGAUCCUCCUGCUCCUCUCUUGGAACAGGUUUCGGGGUGAAAGGCCGAUCCUCUUCCGCUGAUGCCCUCUUACGCCUGUCCUGGAGCCCCGUUCUUAUACAAAGGAUCAGGAAGACGGAAGGAAAAAAAAGCGAAGAUGAAGCAAGGGUUGAAUUUUUUUUUGGGGGGGGUUGAAGGAAAAACGUUCUGUUUUUUAUUAUUAUUUUUUUUUAGGGUUGAUGGUGAUUUUUU